AUGGCGUUGUUCCUAGCUGACUUUGCCAAUGCGGCGUUAGAGGCCCUUACUGCAGAGCCCUUGGCCCCACCCACAGAGGCCACUCUCCGACAGCUGACGGACCCCUCACGGCGGCCAGCGGAGCCUUGCCGCCCGCUCCCCCAAAACAUCCUUGAUGCUGCCUCUGCUGCCCCCGUGGCACUCGACCGUGUGGCACUGCUUGCGCCGAGCACGCCGUGGUGCUGCGCUAG